AUGGGACGACUGACCUAUCUGCUGCAGGGCGUCAACGAUCGUCUGAUGAGCCUCCGCCUGUCUCCCCGGGGAGGCAAAUUCGUCACCAUCGUCAACACCUACGCUUCUCCGAUGACCAGCCCUGAGGCUGCAAGGAGCAAAUUCUACGAGGACCUGCAUGCCCUCCCACCGACUGUGCCGAAGGCGGAUAAGUGGUGACUUCAAUGCCCGCGUCGGCACAGACCAUGCCACCUGGAGAGAGGUGUUGGAUCCCAAUGGUCUCGAAGGCUCCAACGACAAUGGCCUGCUCCUACUACGAACCUGCGCAGAACACCGUCCCAUCCUGAUCAACACCUUCUUGCGCCUCUGGAUGGUAGAGAAGACCACCUGAAGGCAUCCUCGGUCGCGUCAGUGGCACCUGCAGGACUAUGUUCUCGUCCGGAGGCGAGACCAGCGGAAAGUGCUGGUGACAAAGGCAAUCCCGGGUGCUGACGGGUGGACCGACUACCGCCUCCUCAUCUCGAAGAUGCGGAUUCGCCCAUAGCCUUGCAGAAUACUUUAAGGUAAGCGACAACCUGCUAACCUAAAUAUUGUUUUGUUAUCUUUGUCUGCUCACCAUCGUCAUUUCAGCUAUGAACUAGCUCAAAGGCUACCCGACUUUCCAGCCGUCGCCGCAACCGCCGAGAACGCCUCCGUGGAGAACCGAUGGCAUCAACUGUGGGGCACAGUCCAGUCGACGGCCCUGACCGUUUUCGGUCGCGCAUGUCGCUAA